UUCACAGGUAUGAUAUUUGAUAGAAGUUGUGCUCCAAAUGUAUUGACUUGUGCCGCUGCUCUCAAGGCGGCCUGUGCUAGUGGCUCAACUCUGGAGGCGGGGAAGUUCGUUCAUGUGCAGAUCUGCAAGCUCGGCUUCGAGAGCGAAACAAUUUUACAGGCUUCUCUGAUGGACGCCUAUGGCAAAUCCGGGAGCAUGUUUGCUGCACAGUUGGUCUUUGAAUCGUCCCUAGCUACUAGAGACGUCAUCAGCUGGAAUGCUCUCAUGGGAGGCUACAGCCGUCAGGGAGACAGCCACCUAGUCUUUGAGCUCUUUGCUGCGUCGCAAGACGAGGGCCUUCGACCCGACAAUGCAACACUUCUGUGCAUUCUUUCUACGUGCGCUCACUCGGGUCUGGUGGACAAAGGAAACAAGUAUUUCCAGGCAAUGAGCUCACGGUUUGGUUUAAGCCCCGGCUACGAGCAUUACGUCUGCAUGGUUGAUCUCCUCGGACGAUCGAACCAGCUAGAGCAGGCACUGGCACUGUUAAGAAGUAUGCCCAUGGAGCCGGAUGUAGCAGCAUGGCGAACUUUGCUUGCAGCCUGUGAGAAGUGGAAGAACGAGAAAGUUGGGAAGAUAGCCUUCGAGUCUGCUGUAAGACUGGGUGACAACAACGCUGCUGCCUACACGAUGAUGGCGAGCAUCUACGAGAGCGAGGAUAGAAGAACCGAGGAGAAUUCUUAAGACAGGCCUCAAUACCAUUUUCAUGAUCCGAGCUUCGGAAAUUUAUCCUGCCAAUGCAUUCGCCCCAAGAGCAGAGAUAGACUCCUACGCAGCUGCGUUGCAAGAAUGCUCCAGAGCGCAGGACCUGGCCAAAGGGAGACAAACUCACGCCAGAAUUGUGGAAGCGGGCUGCAACCACGACAGAUUCCUGUGCAACCUGCUGGUGAGGAUGUAUGGAGAAUGUGGCAGCAUUGGUGAGGCCAGCUCCGUCUUCGACAGCAUCCACGUCAAGAACCUCUACUCAUGGAGCAUCAUGAUAUCGGCUUGCGUCCAAAAUGGACAAGGCUUGAGAGCUCUCAAGCUCCUGUGGAACAUGGACCAGGAAGGGAUCAGCCCUGACAGAGUCGUCCUCAUCGAGAUGUUGGGAGCCUGCUCGCAUCCCGAGCUCGUCCUAGUUGGCAAGGCACUCCAUGACCGGAUUUCAAAGCUGGAAGAUUUGAGAGCUCACGUCUUCGUGGCCACGGCAGUGAUCAGCAUGUAUGGGAGAUGCGGCUAUCCGGAACUGGCAGUACAGGUUUUCAACGGGAUGGAGCUCAAGACUGUGGUGUCCUGGAACGCGAUGCUUACCGCUUAUGCCCAGCGUGGGUAUCACCGGCAGUGUCUCCAACUUUACGAGGACCUGACGAGGCUCACGGACGUCUCUCCAAAUGCUAUCACCUUCGUGGUGGUGCUAGACGCUUGCUCUCUUCUCGGGGACCUGGAUCACGGUCGGAGUGUCCACGAGAGAGUAGCCUCACAGGGACUGGAGAGCGAUCACAUCGUGGGAACUUGUCUUCUCAACAUGUACUCACGGUGUGGCAGCGUCACCGAAGCCAGGAACGUCUUCGACAAACUCGAGCGUCCCAACGUUGUCUCCUGGACGUCGAUGAUAGCCGCAUACGCCAACCAUAGCUACGAUCUUGAAGCUCUCCAACUGCUUAGAAGGAUGGAUCUAGAGGGUGCCAAGGCAGAGGAGAUGACGCUUGUCAACGCACUGGGUGCCUGCUCCAACCUCAAAGCACUGGAAGAAGGGAGAAAGAUCCAUGCCCGGCUGAGUUCCAGUGGCAUCCAGUCCGACUUCUCGGCCAGCGCGCUUGUCAACAUGUAUAGCCGCGCAGGGAGCUUGGAGGAAGCCAGAGACGCGUUUCGCAGUAGGAAAAACAGGAAUGCAAUAUGCUGGACGGCCAUGCUCGCGGCCUAUGCCCAGCACGGGCAUAACCACGACGCGCUGCGGCUCUACAGGGAAAUGGACCUGGAAGGCUUGAGACCCGACGACGUGACGCACGCCGCGGUCCUCGGAGCCUGUGCGUGCCUGGGAGCUCUCGCGGAAGGCCGGAGAGUCCACCGUCGAAUCCUCAGCACUCGGAGCUCCUCGGGCUUGGAUGUUGUUCUCGGCACAGCCACCGUCAACAUGUACGCCAAGUGCGGCCGAGUGGACGAAGCCAAGCUCGCCUUCGACGGCAUCUCCGACAAGAGCGUCUUCUGCUGGACGGCCAUGGUCGGAGCUUACGCACGAAACGGGCACGGCGAGAAGGCCGUGGAGCUCUUCAGAGAGAUGGUGGAGUCGUCGCGGACGCUCCCGAACGACGUGACUUUCACGACCGUGCUCAACGCCUGCAGCCAUGCCGGGCUGGUGGACGAAGGCAAGUACUUCUUCGCGCUCAUGGACAAGGUCUACGGGAUUGCUCCCAGUGGCGAGCACUACGGCUGCAUGAUCGACCUGCUGGGACGGGCGGGGCGGCUGGAGGAAGCCGAGCGGAUGAUCACUGGCAUGCCAUUCCCCGCAGACAAGAUCUCGUGGGAGACUUUGCUCGGGGCGUGUAAGUUACACGGUGACACUGGCCGGGGAGCUCGCGUGGCGGAGCAGGCACUUCGAAUGGAUCCGGAGAAUGCUGCAAACUACGUGAUACUUUCGGAUCUCUAUUUUGCCAGAGGCAAGACAAACAUGAACUGAAAGAAGUUAAAUAGCUUCGGAACCUGGUAAGUUUGUAG